UGGAGACUGCAGAAUCAGAUCAACUCUGGAAGCAAACAUGAAGAGCACAACUGUCGCCUUAGCGCUCCUGUUUGUCGCAGGCUGCCAUGCAAACUUUCUGUGGCAGUCAGACCAGCCACCAAGCCAACUAGAUGAUCUGAAGACUUCGCUGAUAACUUACAUAAAUCAGGUGCAGGCAAGCACUAAAAUAGCUAUUGACAAGAUAAAUAACCAGGAUCUUGCUAAACAGCUCAACCUGCCCAUCACUGAAGGCCUCGAACAACUGAAUAAGUAUGUCCAGCUGGGGGCUUCUCAUCUGGAGCCAUAUGCCGAUACAGCCAACAAACAUCUGCAAGAAGGGAAAAAGCUGCUGGUGGAAACGCAAUCAAAACUGGCUCCUAUCACUCAGGAGAUGCGUGAAAAGAUCCAACAGCAAAUUGAUGAGUACCGUACCAAACUGAGUCCACUGGCUGAUGACUUGAAAGAGAAAGCCAAAGAAAACACUCAGGCCGUCCGUGACAAGUUGCAGCCUUAUGCCAAGGAACUCCUGGAGCAGCUGAACAAAAACGUGGAAGAACUCAGAACCCAGCUUGCACCCCUGACCAAAGAAAUGAGGCGGAAAGCAAGCCAGCAGCUGAAGACUGUGCGUAAGAACACUGCCCCAUACACUGAUGAAGUCACCAAGAAGGUGAGCGAAGCAGUGGAAGAGGUCCAGAAGAAGAUCGCACCCCUUGGUCAGAACUUGGAAGAGAAACUGUCCCCAUACAUUGAGGAGAUCAAGAAGAGCAUCCUCUCUGUGUGGGACUCUGUGCGUGAAAUUUUUAACUGAGAUGAGCCCCGUGCCGAGGCAAGAAAACUUGAAGAUGGCUUCAUGCCAGUGCUCGAGAGCAUCUGCAGCUCAUGGUAUUGAACUUUCAGCAAUGCAACGUUCAGUAUGGACCUCAAUUUCUUUUACCUUUUUUAUUUUGUAUUUUAUUCCUAGAAUUUUAUGCAAAUUUUAUGUUGCAUUAUGAAAAGUAACUUAUUCUGAUACUAGUUGUUGAAUACAGAGAUACAUCUGAUUUAGCACAAAAUGCUGUUGUUGGACAUGCUGAGAUGUAUUCCAAUAUCUUCUUACUGAAUAAGAUUGUUUCUGUAUACAUUUUUCUUCAUGUCUUUGCAUACCUCUCACAGUUAAGGGUUUUUCUUUUAUUAAAAAAAACACUUU